GGGUGCCAGGGGGUUCAGAGACACUACAGGGGCUGUGAGCCAGCAGGAAGAGACCCUGCCAUCAACCUGCCCAGCCCCGGGCCCUGCAUCCUCCACCAGGAGUCCUGCUACCCAGUGGGCAGCUUGCUCUGACGGAGGAUUGAAGGACUCUAGUGCUGGUGCUGCAGCCAGCGUGACAGAGAGCGGGCAGGCAAGGGACCCUGCGCUGGGCAGCCGGCACCGUGCUCCAGCCUCCAGGAAUGGCCGAUAAGUGCAGCGAGGGGCUGCUGAACGGUGCCGUGCCUGGGGAGCAGGGCAAGCAGGAGAAGAGCGUCAAGCGUGGCAACUGGGGAAACCAGAUCGAGUUUGUGCUGACCAGCGUGGGCUAUGCCGUGGGCCUAGGCAACGUCUGGCGCUUCCCAUAUCUCUGCUACCGCAAUGGAGGAGGUGCCUUCAUGUUCCCCUACUUCAUCAUGCUUGUGUUCUGCGGCAUCCCCCUCUUCUUCAUGGAGCUCUCCUUUGGGCAGUUUGCCAGCCAGGGCUGCCUUGGCGUCUGGAGGGUCAGCCCCAUGUUCAAAGGCGUGGGCUACGGGAUGAUGGUGGUAUCCACAUACAUCGGGAUCUACUACAACGUGGUGAUCUGUAUUGCCUUCUACUACUUCUUUGUGUCCAUGACGCGUGUGCUGCCCUGGACAUACUGCAGCAACCCCUGGAACACGCCUGACUGCGUGGGGGUGCUGGACGGGAACCUCUCCAGCCGUGCUGCCCUCAACAUCACCCAGCUCCUCAACACCACCCAGAAACGCACCAGCCCCAGCGAGGAGUACUGGAGGAGGUAUGUGCUGAACCUGUCGGAUGAUAUCGGGAACCUGGGCGAGGUGCGGCUGCCCCUCCUGGGCUGCCUUGGUGUCUCCUGGGUCGUUGUCUUCCUCUGCCUCAUCAAGGGCGUGAAAUCCUCGGGGAAGGUGGUGUAUUUCACGGCCACCUUCCCGUAUGUGGUGCUCACCAUCCUCUUUGUGCGCGGCAUCACGCUGGAGGGGGCCGUCACUGGCAUCAUGUACUACCUGACACCCCAGUGGGACAAGAUCCUCAAUGCCAAGGUGUGGGGUGACGCGGCCUCUCAGAUCUUCUACUCGCUGGGCUGUGCCUGGGGUGGGCUCAUCACCAUGGCCUCCUACAACAAGUUCAACAACAACUGCUACCGGGACAGCAUCAUCAUCAGCAUCACCAACUGUGCUACCAGUGUCUACGCUGGCUUCGUCAUCUUCUCCAUCCUGGGCUUCAUGGCAAACCAUCUGGGUGUGGAUGUCUCCAAGGUGGCUGACCAUGGACCAGGCCUGGCCUUCGUUGCCUACCCUGAGGCCCUCACCUUGCUCCCUAUCUCGCCACUGUGGUCCGUUCUCUUCUUCUUUAUGCUCAUCCUCCUGGGGCUGGGUACACAGUUCUGCCUGCUGGAGACUCUGGUCACGGCCAUUGUGGAUGAGGUGGGCAAUGAGUGGAUCAUCCGCAAAAAGACCUUUGUGACGCUGGGAGUGGCUGUGGCUGGCUUCCUGCUGGGUAUCCCACUCACCACACAGGCGGGCAUCUACUGGCUCCUGCUGAUGGAUAACUACGCUGCCAGCUUCUCCCUGGUGGUCAUCUCCUGCAUCAUGUGCGUGGCCAUCAUGUACAUCUAUGGACACCGCAACUACUUCAAGGACAUUGAGAUGAUGCUGGGUUUUCCUCCCCCGUUCUUCUUCCAGAUAUGCUGGCGCUUCAUCUCACCUGCCAUCAUAUUUUUCAUCCUGGUCUUCACAGUGAUCCAGUACCGGCCCAUCUCCUACAAUGAGUAUGUCUACCCUACCUGGGCCAUCAGCAUCGGCUUCCUCAUGGCGCUCUCUUCUGUCAUCUGCAUCCCCAUCUACGCCAUCUACAAAGUGUGCCGUUCUGAGGGGGACACACUGCUUGAGCGCUUGAAAAAUGCUACCAAGGCAAGCAAGGACUGGGGCCCAGCGCUGCCAGAGCACCGCAGUGGGCGCUACGCCCCAGUGUUCAGCCUUUCCACUGAGUCCCACCUAGAGGUGCAGCCUCUGCAGCCAGAGAAGGGCCAGAAUGAAGCAGUGGCUGCAUCCCCCGUGCAGGGCAGCAAUGGCUCAGCCCACAGCCAGGACUCCAGACUGUGACCCCCCACAAUCCCCGCACCCCCUCUAACCCCUCUUGCACCUUCCGCUGGCGGAGCCUGGCUCCGGGCCGCACUGGACCAUGGGGGCUCUCAGCACCCAUCCCCGAGACCCCCCCACCUCCUCGCCGGUUAACCCCUCCCGCCCCCGCCCCCGUGGCGUUCGUUAACCCUCGUGUUUACGGUAACCUUUGUGCUCGACGCUGGGACAAGAGAGGAGGGGGCACAGCCCCGGGAGGGCCGGGAGCCAGAGGCACUUUGCAGGGGCCUUGACCUGGGGGUAUGCACAGGAUGGGGGGGUGGGAUGUUCCCAGGCUCUCACCCCCCCUUCCCUAAGCCAGGCAGCCUGCCCUGCCAUGGGGCACCCUCCAGACCUUCCCAUGGGGAGGACAUGGGGUGGGACCAGGGUUGGGCAUGUCAAGAUUGCCCACGGCCUGUGUGUGCACAAGGCCAUCGUGGCAGGGGUUGGCACUGCAGGGACCCCCAGCCUGUGUGCACACUCACCGUGGCUCAGAGCCUACUGGGUCUCACAGGUGGUCAUACCUAGGGGUGCUGCCAGGCACCAGGCCAGCACAGGGAGAUGGGGGGCAAGCAUGUUGCUUGCACCGGCAGGGGGAUCUGAUGGCACAAGACACAAGCACUUAGAGCA